AUGGAAAUCGAUGCCAGCCAGCAGUCUAUCUCGCAAGAUCCUUCGCCAGUCAUCCAGCUGCUAAAUCAAGGUGACCAGCUCACCCAGCGAUUCCAAAAGCAAUUCAAUGACUCGAUCACACAUGUCCAAACCCUCAGCUCUUCACUUAAGCAACAUAACAACCUGAGUAACCUUGUAACACGCUCGGCCGCUUCUGAUAUCAGCUCACAAUAUCCCUCCGUCCGUCAACGUACGUUGGCAACGCUGGAGAAAACGAUCGAAGAAGCGUCUAGCGGGAUAAGGAACUCUCUGGAAUUGAUGGAAGCCACGGUCGAUUCGAUCUCCGAGCUGCUAUACAAGGUGGACGUCUACCUGGCCGAGCCUGCCUCGCUUGGCUCGAUCGGCUUUGAUCCUGUCCACGCGCUAAAACACCUUGGGAAUCUCUUUUCGGCCUAUCAAGCCGAACUGCUCGCUAAACGAGAACUCUUCUUCUCCUACAACUGCGAAGAAAUCUCGCUCGAUGAUUUCGCCCGGCAAUGGCAAGUUUGCCAUCAGAUCAAAUCACUAACUCAAGAAACGAUGGAUGACCUGGCUGACGUCAUGGGUUCCUGGUCUACUUAA